AUGGAGGUUCAGGACAGAACAGAGCUCUGCUUUCCACAUCUCCCCAACAUCUCCUGCAGGAGUAAGAUGUAUUCUUGGUCCGGGGCUGUAUAUCUGGCAAUUCUGCUGUCAUCCAUCUCUUCGUUCACUGUGGCUCUCAACCUGCUCGUCAUCAUCUCAGUCUCCCACUUCAGGCAGCUCCACACACCCACCAACAUCCUGCUGCUCUCUCUGGCUGUAUCAGACUUUCUUGUGGGCAUUAUGGUGAUGCCAGGAGCAAUUGUCCUACAUACAUCCUGUUGGUUAUUUGGUGAUCUUAUGUGUUCUCUAUAUAAUUAUACAGCCUUCAUCGUUAUCUGUUCCUCAGUAGGAGACAUGGUGCUCAUAUCAAUUGACCGUUAUGUGGCUAUUUGUGAUCCUCUGCAUUACACCACCAAAAUCACUGUGAAUAGAGUUAAACUAUGUGUUUGUCUGUGUUGGCUCUUUUCUGCCUUACUUAGCAUUGUCUUUACAAAAAAUAACCUGAUUCAACCAGGUAAGUAUAAUUCCUGUCAUGGAGAGUGUGUGAUUGUCAUUGACAAUAUUUCAGGGGUUGUUGACCUUGUACUGAGCUUUAUUAUUCCAGUUAGUCUCAUCAUAAUCCUGUAUAUGAGAGUCUUUGUGGUGGCUGUGUCUCAGGCUCGUGCCAUGCGCUCUCAUGUUGCAGCUGUGACACUCCAGGUUUCACUGACUAUAACAUCAAAGAAAUCUGAGUUGAAAGCAGCCAGGACUCUUGGUAUUCUUGUAGUAGUGUACUUAUUAUGUUUCUGCCCAUAUUACUGUUUGUCUCUUGUAGGGAGCAAGACAUUGUUCAGUUAUCUAUUUGAAUUGUUUCUUGGCAUGCUUUUCUAUUUCAACUCCUGUAUGAACCCUGUGAUAUAUGCCAUGUUCUACCCCUGGUUUAGAAAAGCUAUUAAGCUCAUUGUGACUCUUCAGAUACUGCAGCCUGGCUCCUCUGAUGCAAACAUACUGUAG